AGAAAAGUUAAAAAAGAAUUCAUAAUGUCUUCUGUCUUCUCGCAAACAGUCUUCCGCUCUUCACGCACUAUUGCGUUCGCGCCUCGGGCAUUUUCGACAUCGCUCGUGGCUCAGAGGACGGCGGCGCAGGCGGCUAAGGAUACGUUGAAGACGGUCGAUAGGAAGGUUUCGGAUAAGCUGGUUGAUGGGAUUGAGGUUGGUCAAUCCGUGACCGAAAAGGCAAAGAGAGUAACGGGUAUCGGCUCGACAUCCGAUGCGAAGGCCAAGGCACAAGAGGUAGCCGGCGAGGCAAAGGGGAAGGCACACGAGGUGGCCGGCGAGGCAAAGGGGAAGGCACAUGGGGUGGCCGGCGAGGUAAAGGGGAAGGCAGAAGAGCUCAAAGGCGACAUCAAGGGAAAGCUUUAGAUUGGGUUGCAGACGGGAUAUGAAUAGCUGGAUGAUUGGGCAUAAUGUGUGUACGAUAUUUGAGAGCAUUGGUUCGGUGCGGUCUGCUUGGUG